AUGUCCAACUCCGACACCAAAGAUCAGGUCACCGUGCAGGCCGCGACUACCGAGGCCACGGAGAUCAUCUCGCAGUCUUCGCUGCCCAAAGAUCCCUCGGUGGCGAUCAUGAAGAACCCAACUGCGGAGGAUGCCUCCUCUGUGGACCCGGCAGACCAGAUCGAAAAUGAGAAGCAGGGUUUCUGGGCUUUCUUCAAGACCAAGGAGUUCUACAUUAUCUUGGCUCUAGGACAACUCCUCGCAAUUGCCAAUACUUCUACUAGCACCUUCACCACGCUUCUCGGCGAGGAGGGCUGGGCCAUCCCCACUUUCCAGACGCUUCUGAACUAUUUGCUGCUCACUGCUAUCUUCACUCCUUACACGAUGUACCGUUACGGCCUUAAGGGCUGGUUCCAAUUGUGCUGGCGUGACGGCUGGAAAUACAUCAUUCUUGCUUUCUGCGACGUACAAGGAAAUUACUUUAUCGUGCUGGCAUACCAAUACACCACCAUGCUGAGCGCGCAACUGAUCAACUUCUGGGCAAUCGUCGUCGUGGUCGUCAUUUCAUUCCUCUUCCUGCGAGUGCGCUACCACAUCUCUCAAAUCGCCGGUAUUGUCAUCUGUAUCGGUGGAAUGGGUGUACUGAUUGCCUCCGACCACAUCACCGGUACAAACGGCGGAGACAUCUCCAGCGGCCACCAGCUAAAGGGUGACCUCUUCGCUCUACUCGGCGCAUCCUUUUACGGUCUAACCAACACCGCCGAGGAAUACUUCGUUAGCAAGCGGCCCGUCUACGAGGUUCUGGGCCAACUUUCGUUCUACGCCUGUAUCAUCGAUGGCGUCCAGUCCGCCAUCUUCGACCGCGGCAAUUACCACACUGCUACCUGGGACGGCAAGGUCGGCGGCUACCUCGUCGGUUUCACCUUGUGUCUGACUCUGUUCUACUGUCUGGCUCCGCUGCUUUUCCGUCUGUCUUCUGCGGCCUUUUUCAACGUCUCCAUGCUCACCAUGAACUUCUGGGGUGUCUGCAUUGGCGUCAAGGUCUUCCACUAUAGCAUCCACUGGAUGUACCCUAUCGCUUUUGUCCUGAUCAUUGUUGGUCAGCUGAUUUACUACCUCGGUCAAAGGGCCAUGGCAGAGGCGCGGAAGCCUUGGUUGGGCAAGAAUCAGGAACGUGGUGUGGCGGGUCUUUUCACUGCGAAGAAGCGUAUCGAGCAUGUCGCGCCCGCAAGCUCAGAUCCCGAGCGUCGGCUUUCUGCCAACGAUAGCACUGUUUAA